CCGCGUAUAUGUACGACGGUUUCCCGUGUGCCCGCUAACGACGCGCUAACCGUAGCCAUUCACCCUUUCGCGUCGUCCGCCCGUCUAUCGUGUGUAGCUUUUUAACGCAAUUUUCUUACAGAACGACCGCUCGUUCAAGCAUCAUAUUCGGUGGGAAUUAGGCAAAAUCCAUCUCGCUUUCCUGACGUGAUGUCAUUGGGUCUGCGACUCGCGCAGAUUUCGUGAUUUACGCAUCGAUUUGUGACGGCCCGCAGUGGGUAAAUGUGCAUUGUGGUAAUUGUUUUCUGUGUGGCUGUGGGUGCCGUCAAAAUCGGUCGGUUUGACAUAUGCGGUCGAGUCUAAGAAGGAACAGGGACCGGGGCGGAGUGCCGCGCAUUUGAGAGAUUGAAUUUUAUCGUUUUGUACGGGCCAGAACCCGUUGCAAGUUCUGUUGUGCAGAAGAAUUUGCGUGUGUGAGGUCUGAACUCGAAGCUGGGUAGAAUCAAGUUGCGAUUUCUCAUCAGAAUCGAGGCAAAGUCUAGCGAAAAAAGGCGCGUGUCGAACAUCACGGACGCAAACCGUUCGCUAGCAUCAGCUGUCAAUCAUCUGGCUGAAUUCUAGGUGGCUAGCGGCCAACGGGUACGAAGUUGGCAACGAUACGCAGCGCUAGCCGUCGCGCGUUUGCCACUGGACUUUUUCUGUGUGCGGCCGACAGGCGAACAAUAAUUGGGAGUCGGAACGCGCUUACAGAAAACGGCAAAUGUCUGACAAUAACCGGGAAUCGCGCCUCUAAAUAUCUGUCGUGAAAUUCGUGUGUCGCCGGACUGUGCGUUCGCGGUGCCGUGAAGUGGAUUCGUGACCCAGUGAAAAGGGAAAAACUCGCCAGCAGCAGCCACAAUGGUUCGAGGACGACGUGCACGAACGGUUACAGAUUCAGCAUCGGCCGUAGCCGCAGCCAACACUCUCACCCGUAUGGCCAACGGAACUGCUCACCUUGUUGAUGAUCAAUACUGUGCCAGUCCGAAACGUAAAGAUUGUCGAAUAGAUGAUGUUGCGACCAACUUAAAGGCCGCUAUACAAAGUAUGAACGGUUACCAUCAUGCAACUAGAAACAAAUCCACAAAAGGAUCUGCAUCCGGGGGGCAUUCAACAGGUGGUGUUGUUUCGAAAGAAAUCUCAAAUUUUCAAAUAUUCGGAGCAAAGACACGAUCUCAGACAGCAAUAAGACAAUAUUUUCGUGAAACAAAGACACAAUCAACUCAAAAUGAUGGUGAGAAUGCUGACGACGAUGACGAUGAUGAUGGAGGAACUGAAUUCUAUGCAAAUGGCAAUACGAUUGGAGCCGAACUAGAAGUUCAGACCACCUCAGCCACAAAUUCUUCAUCAAUUGAUAUAUCAGAAGAUACAUGUGAUGGCCUACCAGACUGUGUUAUAUCAUGUAAAACUAACCAAAUAACUAACACAUCGGAUAAUAUAUUCCUUCAAGCCCCAGUUUUAAGUCUAAACGUCGACAAGUCACCGAAUCAGGCAUCAUCAAUUAAAAUCAAUAAAACCCUCGAGGUCGAUCCUAUUUUUCCAAACUCAAAUGGCUAUCAUCAGCUCAAUGGGCAAUUCAAUAAAAUUGUAUCCCUAAGGAGUGCAUCCCUUGAGUCUACAACUCCAAUUCUCCUAAAUACUGAUUCAAAUUCAUGUGAUAGUGGUGUUGUUGUUGAUAAGCAGACUUCCAUCGCUGUUGAAAUGAGUCCUAGUCGAAGAAGGAAACCAACAACACCACAUCGUAUCUUGUGCCCUUCGCCAGUCAAGCAUGCUAUUGUUGAGAAAUCACCAGCAAGCGCCUUAUCGAAACGAGCGAAUGGUUAUCAUCCUCAUCAUGGUCACCACGGUUAUGUUCCUGCUGUAAAUGGGCAUGCGAAUGGAUUACAAAAACGAAAUCCUAAAUCGAGAAGAAGACUGAAUGCCAAUCAAUCAGAGAAUCAUAGUUCCAUGACAUCACCCCAAUUAGUUGGUGGUGUUACCUUAAAAAAUCAUGCGUUAACUAACGAAAACGGAAGCAGCGAUUGUAGUCAAAAAUCCUUAUUCAGUUCAACUAAAACUCCAACUGCCGAACAAAAUACAGAAUACAGUAAUUAUAAGGCAACCCAAAACAAAGUUCGUAAUAAUGGCCAAAUGCAACCCCGCGAGAGGAAUUUACAGAUUCACAAUGGCAACGCGAAUAGGACGACUCAACAGCAACAAGUCGUUCCAGUGGAUACUAAUAAAAAAGUCACUGAUUUCUUCCCAGUACGACGAAGUGUUCGAAAGACUAAAAAGGCUGUGCAAGAGGAAAUGAUGCGGUCUAUAGAGAAGGCUAUUAUUGACGGACGUGAAGAUGGAUUGAGGGUUGAACAUUUUGAAGGCAAAGGACGUGGUGUCAUAGCCGAGCGUCUUUUCAAGCGCGGUGAAUUCGUUAUCGAAUACAUUGGCGAACUUAUUACGAUUUCCGAAGCCAAUGACCGUGAAACGAAGUAUUCGUUAGACGAAAAUGCUGGUUGUUAUAUGUAUUAUUUCAAGCAUCGUAAUCAACAGUAUUGCAUCGACGCGACCGCCGAAACCGGCAAACUAGGACGCUUAGUGAACCAUUCGCGUAACGGCAACUUGAUAACAAAAGUUGUUGUCAUCAAAAAUCAUCCACAUUUAGUUCUAAUCGCCAAAGAUGACAUACAACCCGGCGAGGAAAUAACCUACGAUUAUGGCGAUAGGUCAAAAGAAUCAUUACUGCAUCAUCCCUGGUUGGCACUUUAGUUCUUAUCUCGGGAUAUUCUCACCGAUUUAUUGCUGUUAAUAAUGAUAGUAUCGUAGUUAUUCUAAUACGAGCAGGGAAAGUAAGUCGAUUGAAUGAUUUUUAAGGGGGGUGUGAUGUCUUGAUGACAUGAUUUUUUCUCAGCAUCCUAUCCUGAUCCUGAUGUGUAUUGAAGUGAAUCCGGUGGCUCAGUAUUAAAGUGGAUUUUAUCUAAACACCUUUAAAUCCUGAUUUGUUGAGAUUAUCUGAAAAUGUUUGGCUGAUAUUUGGCAGUUAUUUGGAAAAUUAAUGUGCUAAGUUCAUUCUUUUAUUGAAUGGUAAGUAGAUGAGCAAAAUUCUAAUAUGUUGACUCCAAUUCACUUCGAUAUUGAAUUGCCCACGGAUAAAUCUUAAUAGUUUUUGAAAAAGUCUUAAGGAUAGUCGCGAAUCCGUAUGUGUUCUAGAAAAACACUUUGCGCCUUCAUUCCCUGUUUCAUUAUUUAUAUAUUCUAUUUAAUUCUAUUCGCUUAGUUCAUUCGGCGUUGAUUUCUGUUAUAGUAACAUUUUAAAGCAUGUAAUGAAUAGUAAUGCGAACGUAAAGAUGUCUCUCGUGUUCGUAGCUUCGAGAGUUGAUUACUGUUUGAGUGAGUUAAAUUGUAAGGGCCUUGUUGCGAAUCGUUCGCGAGAAGUCUCAUUUUGAUUAGUCCCUGAUUCUCAACGUUGGACAUAUUGGAUUACUUACAUUUGGAAAUCGAGGGAGCCUCUCGUCUUUCCACGCGACGAAAUGUAUCUUAAAUGAAAUCAAUUUUAAGGCAUGGCAUUCCGAUUGAUCCCAUGCUAGUUUUUACUGCCACUAAUAUAUUUUAUCGAAUAAUCUACGACUCUUCCGAUCCAGCGAUUAGAAUCCAAUAUGCCAACUGAACAUUCUCGAGUAUUUCGGACAUUAAAUUGUUGAUUUCAAAAAGUAGAUAAAUAACCGAAUUGAGGAGCAAACAAAAUCAUAGACAACCAGAUUUUUACUUUUAUGAUUUUUAUUUUCUGCUUAGAAUUGUACAAAUUUUAUAUAAAUUAUUUAGUGGACAUAUUGACUCCAAAAAGCCCUUGUAAAGCAGAACAACAAGUACAUUAAAAUAGAAAUAGAAAAUGCGUAGCAACUAAACAGAAUAUCUUCACAAUAACUUUGUAACACCCACACUUAAUAUGAGAAACCAGAUCAAUUUUGUUCUCUUUACUAUGGAAGGAACGCUUGUAUUAUUGUUAUACUUAUAACUAUAGAAAAAAAAACGUAAAAUUGAGAGAUAUAUUGUUUUUAGAGAAGACGAAAAAAAUAGUGUUUCAGAAUCAUGAAAGAAUUUAAACAGAGAACAUAAGCGUCAAAAUACAUUAAGGAUAGUAAGCUAUAAGUUUGGCCAUAUAUGUAAAACACCCAUGCAUGUUUUCGUUUGAAAUAUUUAUAAAAAUAGUAGAAGAAAUGAGAAAAAUUAAUUGAACCCUACAACAACAAAACACUAUUCAGCUCAAAUAAAAGUAGAGAAAAUUAAAUA